AUGAGGACAAGGGCAUCUUCAAGAAGCCAAGAGGCUGCCUGGCUGAAGAGAGAACCCAGCAGCAACAAGGAAAGGUCUUCGGUGGAGACUGAGGACAUCAGCACUCCUGCUCAAGAUGAGUGCUUUUUCAGCAUGAAAAUGAACCUGACCAGCCCAUGUUCGUUCAUCACUGUGCUUUUUCAGCAUGAAAAUGAACCUGACCAGCCCAUGUUCGUUCAUCACUGUGAAGAAGAUCACCACCUUGAUCAAGAAGAGGCCUAUCUUCACAGUGUUCUUAUUGAUGAGUCUUGCUGCUCUUGGAACAUGCUCAUCAUGUGGAAGAAGUUCUCCCAAGAGCUGCAAGUGCUGAUGGAAGAGGUGGCACACCAGGCUGCUGAGAUCAGCAUGUUGAAGGACUCUCAGCAAAUGAAAGAGGCAGUGUCUGCCAGUAGAAGUACGUCUGACUGGCCUCUGAGAGGCACAGGGGAUGCCAUCUACCUGCAUCCAUCAUCCAGUAGCUCAGCACAGUUCUGCAAGGUAUUUUGGUUCCUGUGUGCUCCACUCCUUCAGGAUACAGAUACCUUUGUGCAGAUGGACAAUUCCCCAGGACACUGCUGGCCUUUCCAAGGUUCUUGGAGCAAGGUGCUAAUCCGGUUGUCCACACCAGUACGACCAUCAGCCAUCACCAUACAGCACAACUCAAAGAUGGCCUCUCCGCUGGGGACUGUCAGUAGUGCUCCCCGAGAUUUCACAGUCUCUGGACUAGAUGAGGAAGACAAGGAGGAAAUUCUGCUGGGGACAUUCAUCUAUACUGUGCAGAAAGACCCGACCCAGACCUUCCUGCUGCAGAAUGGAAUCCCCAGAGCCUUUGGGAUUCUGAAGCUUGUUAUAUGGAGCAACUGGGGAACACCAGGAUAUACGUGCAUUCAUCAAGUGCAGGUGCAUGGGAAGAUCACUUGA